CAUGUGGUUUGGAGGUAAAUUACUUCAAAGCUGAGUAUUUCAUAUUCAUGUAUUAGAAAAUCUGUUGACACAUUUGUUUUCUAGGUUAAGGACAACCACUGCUUUGGUGUAAGACUGCCUGGAUACUCAGGUUUCCACAGCAAUCCAAGGCAAAGGCUGGUGGAUGCCCUGGCCAGUGGGAUCUCCAUACCCUAACAAGUUCAGGCAAAUUAUGCCCCCUAUUUCUUUGAUAAUGGAGCCAGAAGCACAAAUGGGAACAUGGCACUUCUCAGCCUUUCGGAGGACACGCCUGUUGGUAGCCAUGUGUACACUCUGAAUGGAACUGACCCAGAAGGAGAUCCUGUGACAUAUGGCCUGACCUAUGAAGCUGGAUCAAGGCGUUACUUUUCUGUUGACAAGAAUCUUGGAAAUGUUACUUUGAUCGAGGAGCUUGACAGAGAGAAGGAAGAUGAGAUUGAAGUUAUUGUCAGUAUUUCAGAUGGCCUGAGUACAGUUUCCGAAAAAGUCAGGAUCCUAGUAAUGGAUGCCAAUGAUGAGAGCCCAGAGUUCAUCAAUACACCUUACAUAGUCCAAGUCCCAGAGAACACUCCCUCCAGCAGCAGCAUCUUUAAGAUUGAGGCAAUAGACAAAGACACGGGUUCUGGAGGAAGCAUCACCUACUUCUUGCAGAACAUCCAUGCAAAUAAGUUUACGAUAGACCGUCACAGCGGCGUCCUGCGCAUCAAACCAGGGGUCACCCUGGACUACGAGAAAUCAAGAACACAUUUUGUUGUGGUUGUAGCCAAGGAUGGUGGUGGGAAGCUCAGGGGAGACAACAAAGUCUUUUCAGCCACAACAACAGUUACUAUCAACGUGGAGGAUGUUCAGGACACCCCUCCUAUGUUCAUCGGGACUCCCUACUAUGGAUAUGUCUAUGAGGACACAGUCGCAGGCUCUGAGGUCCUCACUGUGGUUGCUCUUGAUGGAGACAGAGGAAAGCCUAACAGUAUUCAUUACUGCAUUGUGAAUGGAAGUGAAGGUUCAUUUGAGAUCAGCAACACAACUGGAGCCAUUUCUGUGAUAAAAAGCCCAAAUCAGCUCAAGAAAGAAGUGUAUGAACUAAAAGUUAAGGCAUCAGAAGUCAGUCAGGAAGGUGGCAUCUCUGAGCACACAUUUGCCAUGGUGACCAUACGGGUAGUGGACCUCAACAAUCAUCCACCAACAUUCUAUGGAGAAAAUGGUCCCCAGAACAGGUUUGAGCUGACCAUGUAUGAGCAUCCCCCAGAGGGUGAAAUCUUACGGGGAUUGAAGAUUACAGUCAAUGAUUCAGAUCAGGGAGCCAAUGCUAAAUUCAACCUCCGUCUUGUUGGACCUGGUGGCAUCUUCCGAGUGGUUCCUCAAACUGUCCUGAAUGAGGCUCAGGUUACAAUAAUAGUGGAAAAUUCUGCUGCCAUUGACUAUGAAAGCUUCAAGGUGUUAACCUUCAAGCUUCUUGCAAUAGAGGUGAACACACCGGAGAAGUUCAGCUCGACAGCUGACGUGGUGAUUCGCUUGCUGGACACCAAUGACAAUGUCCCCAAGUUCUCCUCUGACUACUACAUUGCCAGGAUCCCUGAGAACUCCCCAGGGGGCUCCAAUGUAGUUGCUGUUACAGCUACAGAUCCAGAUUCAGGACUUUGGGGAGAAAUCAAAUACUCUAUCUAUGGAACAGGAGCAGAUCUGUUUCUAAUCCACCCAUCAACAGGUAUAAUUUACACCCAGCCCUGGGCUGUGCUAGAUGCUGAAGUGAACUCAAAGUAUAAUUUCUAUGUGAAAGCAGAGGACACAGAUGGGAAAUACAGCUUGGCUGAAGUGUUUAUCACUGUGCUAGACGUCAAUGACCACUCUCCAGAGUUCAAUGAAAACAUCCAGGAGAAGACAAUGAUCAUUGGGUCACCAGUGAAGAUAGAGGCCAUAGACCAAGAUGCAGAAGAACCCAACAACAUUGUGGAUUAUUCCAUUAUGCAAGCAGAUCCAGCCAAUGUGUUUGACAUAGACCAAAGCACUGGGGAGAUCAAGCUGAAAUCCUAUAUCCGAUCUCUGGACAUCAUCCACAACAUCACAAACAACAAAGACUGCAUAUGGUCAUUGGUGGUCCAGGCCAAAGACCGAGGUUCCCCCUCCUUCAGUACCACAGCAGUUCUGAAGAUUGACAUCACAGAAGAGACUCUUCACAAAGGGCCUAUGGCCGCCUUUUUGAUGCAAACUAAAGAUAACCCCAUGAAAGCCUUAGGAGUGCUAGCUGGUGUCAUGGGCAUAAUGGUGCUGAUAACUAUCAUGAUCUCUACUGCCAUGUUCUGGCGCAACAAGCGGUCCAACAAAGUCAUGCCGGUGAGAAGGAUCAUAAAAAAGAGACAGGUGCCACCAUCCCGGACAGUCAGGAUGGAGUGGCUGAAGUUCAAGAGGCCCAGCAAUGCUGCAGAGAAGUUUGUGGUUGAGGAGGACGUGAAGAGCCUGCACAAUGAGAACAGCAACAAUAACGUCCAGGUUGUCCCUGUGCCGCCGGCAGUCCCCCUGCCCCCGCCACCCCCUGCCCUGGCUCCCCGAGGCGAUGGCCCGGGGUGGCGGGUGCCCACCGUGUCUGGCUCCCUCACUCCCAAGCAUGUCAUCAAGCCAGCAAAGAAGAAAGGUCACAGCAGCACCCACAACGCCCUCGUGUCAGAGCUCAAAAUGAGGUUUGAGAAGAGGAACGCAGCUUUCGGGGAGCCCCAUAUCUAGGUGCUCUCAGCAGCCCCAGAGACUGCAGACUGUGGCUGGGCAUGGAUGUUUUUACUUGCUGUCUCUUCCCUGUGUCUGUCAGCACCCUGUGAACCAGAGCAGCUUCUCGCUGUGAUAGCCACCCCUCACCUUCUGCAAGCACCAUCAUGACUGCUGUUCCCUCGGCUGUGUCCCACGGGCCCUCCUUGCAGCUGUAUCUGACCAUGGUGCUGAAUGUGCCAGAGGACCAGGGACUCAGGCUCGCCCUGGUUUGGAGGUUUCUGCCCAGAGCUUGGGUUUUCAAACAAGAUGCUCUGCAGCCAAGGCCCUGAUGGAUGCUUCUUCUGACCUGGUCUGGCAGGUGGGUUUGAGGUGUCUGAAAAUCCAUCACUUCAAAUCCCAGACCCGCUUUUGAAGCUGUUGGCCUGGCUGUAGCAGCAGCACUGAGUCGAGGUGCAGGUCUCCUACAGCAGGGGCACUGCUCUGUCCUGUGCACAAUGUGCUUUGCAGCAGCUGGCGGAGUGAUGUGCUCCUGGCCUGAGUACCUUCAUUCCCAGAAGGUAAGCGGGCAGGCUUGGAGAAGUUCUUCCUUUUCCUGCAGCUUACUCUGGGUUUUGCCAGAGCACAUUGACAUGAUGCUUCUGCCCUGGACUUGCCUGCUGGGGAGAGACGGGAGGGUCACCUCAGCCUUCCCUGGACCAGCAGGGGCAAGAUUUGAGCAUGGAAAUUCAAUAGCAGCACUCACUCAGCACUGCCUCCUUCUGACACUGUGCCCCAAAAGAGCAGGAGCCCAGCAGGAGAAGGACAUGAAUAAAAUCACUGGGAAAACAAGGUAAAACUGAGAGGCAAGUGAUAAGUGGAAGACAGAAACAAGUGCUGCAAAGUUGCAUAUGUUGGUCAGGGAAGUGUCUGGAAAGAUCAUGUGGUGUUGUACACUGCUAGCAGAAGGUGUCAAGGAAUAUAUUUCAUCACCUCUCCUGGCUUGUUGCAGGGACUGAUGUGUGCAACAUGAGGUUUCCAUAAAAUAUUCAGGUUUUUCUUCUCAGUAUUUUUGAGUGAAUAAACAACAUUUAAUGGGAGGGGACUGGCAGGGCAGCUGACAGGUUUUUUUUUCCUGUUACGUGACAGUAGAAAGGCACCAAGAGCAAAGCACUUUUUUCACUGGAUCUACCCCACAGACUCCCCUCAGGUUUGUUUCUGAGGAGAUGCUUUUCAGCUGGGCCUGGCUGUUUACCAUCCCCUGGGGAGAAGGCAGCACCGACUGACCAAGCUGGCUGGGGCGCAGCACCCUGCCCCCUCUCUCUGAGACCCAGCCCUGUAGAGAAGCUGUGCUGUCAUGGUACCAGGAACAUGUGAGGAGCGCACCAUGUUAAUUCAAGGGGUUCAUGAGAGUUCUCCAGCUGUCAUUUCAGUUGAACCAGCAGACCUCCUGGACCUCCAAGGCCCUCAGGAUCUCCUCUCACUCCAGCAGCUUUUGCACCAGGACUUCAUCAGUUUAGGAGAUAGCUGGUUGAAUAUGAAAUUAUGUACUUACAAGGAAAAUCUUGUAUUUUUUUAACUUCAAUUCAAUCUGCCUAGAAGCCAUAGUACUCGUGGCUCAUGUCACCCAUGAGCUGAGCCAGCAGCUGUAGCCAAGAGAUCCAGGAGAGUCCCAGCUGGGGGCCAUGGUAGGAGCACUGCUCCCAGAGCCUCUCCUGUCACAUCUCUCCUUUUCUCUACUGUUUUCUUGCUUAUCCCUCCUCCUGGGGCACUGUGAUGUGAGGCCAAGUUCUCACCUGUCCAAUCACCUCGUCCUUGUCCCCUGGCCAUAAAUAGGCCAGAGGGAGGGGACAUGCAGCCCCUGACCCCACUCCUGCUGCCCUGUGCAAGCACCUGCCUUCUGCUGGCUGGGUGUCUGCAGGUUCUGCAAUAUUCCCCCAAGUUCCUGAUUUAUUCCCCAUUCCACUGUCUUCCCAGUGUUGUGUUAUUGCCAGUAUUCAGUGUUCAUUCUCUAAUGAGGAAAGCCUAUAAAGACCAUUCAAUUAAGUCAGAUUUAACAGGAAUUACAGGCUUAUAGUCUUAGAGAUUAUAUUUAAGAGGCAAUAAAGAUGUUUUAUUACCAUGUUGUGAGACUCUUUCCCAGUUACUCUGUAUUUCAACUUCAAGACUUUUUUUU